GUUAAAUUUGAAAAGGCUCUUUCUAACUGUUGCAUUGAGCGCGACGGCAAAUCAGAGGCAGAGGUUUUUUUAUAAAAAAGUCAUUAUGGCACCCAGAAAACGAACCCAGAAUACAAAAAACAAGAAGAAUCCCAAGACGCCCAAGCUAGAGGCUUUUCUGCUUGACUUUGACGAUGAAGUACAUACCAUUGUUGAAAGACUGAAGGAAAAGACCAACAACCUUCUGAAAGAUGCAGACAACCUUUACAAGACAGCGCUGAUAAAACUCCCUAUGGCAGUGAGGAAAAUGAACUGGAUAGAAUACUCCAAUGUAGACAAGCCAAAGUCGCCAGUGGAUGAUUCAAAGGUAAGGGAGGAAGCAGCUCAAGUGGAACUUGCUAUUGCUGAGAAUCAUGCCAUUCCUUCCAAGUUUGCCACUAAAGGUAAAACCACUGCAUCCACUAGAGGUCUGCAACCCAACCCGGGCUCGACGGUACCCGAGAACCUGAUCGGUUUUGGGCUAGGUUCGGAAGCCAAAAACAGUGCAAACUCAGAGGAUGAAAACAUUGCGCCUCUCAAGUCUGCAGUGAGAAAGAAAAAGGCACCAAAGAAGGCACCUUCAACAUCCAAGAAGGCCAGGGCUCUCUCCAUCAGCAAACAGGGUAACACCAUCCAAAGGUCUUCAAAAAAGCCUCUAGUCACUCCUGCUAGAAGUUUGCUUGAGUCUUCAAUCAUUGGUGCCACGCCACUCAUCACACCACGCUUUGACCCCAGAUUGCCCAAGACUCCAGCUGUGAGACUGGCACAGCACAAGGAGAAGGUGUAUAGCAUGUCCGUUAAUGGCUCGCCUAUUGCUGGGAGUGCGGAGGACAUCGUCAUUAGCGUUCCACUUGGAAAUGGAGAGUGUAUCCAGCUGCUGGCCAAUGAGAUGGACUCUGUGGACCUGAGCCAGCUGGAUGAAAAUGCCAUACGCAGUAUCAGAAACCUGCAGAAUCGGCUCACAACUCUUUGUGGAACGUCAAAGUGAACUAUUACACCAGCUUUGUACAGUAUGCUCUCCUGUAAUUUUACUUCAAACCAGCAGCAUUUUAUACUUGUCAGCCCCAUUUUAUUCCUGUAUUAUAACCUUGUGUGGCUUUUAUUCUUCAUUCCCCCCUUCAUCCUGUACUUCAGUUUAAAUGGCUUCUGUGAGCUUUUAAAUGUAAAUAAUAUUAUAAGUAGUUUUAUAGUUAACAUAAUCUUUGAUGUGCCACCUUUUGUAAAUAUGACUCCUAAAACUACCAGAUCCCACAUCUCUAAUGUAUAUUUUUUUCCCUUACACUUUCGUUUAAAAGUUUGGUAGUAUUCCUCAUUGUGCAUGAUUUGUUUAAAGACAUGGAACAGAGAUCUGUGCUGUAGCAUUGCAUAUGAAAUGAAUCCAUCUUAAAACAAUAGUUUGCCCAGUAAUGGAAAUUCUGUCAUUUAUUCAUCAUGUCGUUCGACUCAGUCCAAUCCCAUAUGACUUUCUUCUGUGGAACACAAAAGAGAUUCAGUAAUGUUCACACUGUGUUCUUCCAUACAAUGAAGCUUACAGUGAUCAAAUGCUGUCAAGCCUCAAAAAGGACCUUUGAAAGCACCACAAAUGUAUGUCAAUAUGACUUUCACAAUAAAAUUCAAAGUCUUAAAAAAGAAAGGAAGUCAUACGUUCUCUUGGUGUGUGUGGACAGACUAAAAUUUGUUGUUCUUUGAUCUUCUCUGCAAAAUGUAAUAUAAUCAAUGCCUGAAUUAAAUGAGAAAUGAGUUUCAGUGAAUAAAAACUUCUUUUUGUCUGUCUAUUGCACAAAGCUGUGAAAUGGCUUUAGAAGACUUAAAAAUAAUGCAUAAGUUGUAUAGACUACUUGGUUUUGUACUAUAUGAUGCUUUUAUUAAACUUUUUGGAGAUUGACAGUCCCUACUCACUUUAUGCUUUUAUUUCAGAAAGUGUGAAUAUUCAAAUUCCUCUUUUCUUUUUAUUUCAGCUCUGUAGGUCCAUACAAUGCAAGUGAAUGGGUGCCAAAAUGUUGACGCUAAAAGCAUAAAAGCAUCAUAAAAGUAAUUCAUAAAACUCCAGUGUUUUAGUCCAUGUUUUCAGAAGUGAUAUAAUAGGUGUGGGUGAGAAACGGAUCAAUAUUUAAGUCCUUUUUUCUUGAAAUUCUUCUCCCUGCCUUGUAGGGGGCGAUUAUGCACAAAGAAUGUGAAUCACAACAAGAAGAAUGUAAAAGUGAUCUGUUUCUCACUUACACGUAUCAUAUCACUUCUGAAGAUAUAGAUUUAACCACUGGAGUCUUAUGGAUUACUUUUAUGCUGACUUGUGAUUUUUGGAGCUUCAAAAUUUUGGCUGGGAUGGCAUAAGGGUGAGUAAAUGAUGAGAGAAUUUAAAUUUUUUGGUGAACUAUUCCUUUAAAAACUUUGAUAGUAGGAGGACUGAUCUUAAGUGAAUACAGUAAAAAUUAGUCAAAGGUCUGGCUACGCUAGACUAAGUACAUAGUAACGUGGGGUUAUAUAUAUAUAUACAUAUACUGUAUAUAUUUUAUUUAAAAAAGGUGAGGUACUUUUAUAAACUACCUCAACUACCAAUUCUCACAUCAUUAAAUGGGUCAAAACAUUCAUUGUGGGAUAUCAUUACAGUGCAUUAAUUUUAUAUAUAAACACAAAUUAGUUAAUGUCUUAACGGGUGUCACAACAGUACUUGUAUAGUCCAUUUAUAAUUUCUGUGUACAUAUCUGUGCAGUUUUAUCAAUGGGCAUUUCUAGAAUAUUUAUUAUUGACACUGUUCUCUACUGUCACAAAUUAUUACGCAAUUAAUGUUUAGAAACAACACCUAUUCUGACACAUUCAUUACUCAGUCAGGUACUCUUUGUAUGUGACAUUUGUUGGGUUAAAUCAUUCUUUGCAUUCUUAAGUAGGCCUAAAUAGGACAGAGCAAACAAUGAGGAGGAACCAGUUAAAAAUAAUGGCAUGUUAUAUAUA